AUGCGGCAUCACUAUGGCCUCGGUGUUGGGCAUCUGUACUCUCAUAGGGCGGGAGUGUUAGAAAGUCGCAGCUCAGCACUGCAACCUGUCAGUUCAACACCCGCUGAUGAAAAUUUGGAAAGCCUAAUGGAACACACGCACCGCCCACAUGCGACUGCCGAUGAUGCGGAAGAGGAGGACGAAGAUCACGUUGGUGUGGAGGAACCAACACCCUUUGAGCAGGUGCACAAUGGGAGUACAGAGACGCUUAUAGAAGCCCUGGAUGAAAUCCAGCGGUCGAUGCUUAUUCCUUACAUCUUACAGGCUCGCACUUUUUACGGUAUCAAGUCAGUUCAGCUCCUCAUCGACAUGCAUCCUGCGUAUCUGUACGUUCCCGAGAGCUCAGACGUUCUCAGACUACUUCAACUUCCACACCCGUUUACAGGGUUCUCGGGCCAGUCUUAUGUGGUAGUUGGAUACAUCGCCGACUACCAUGAAGUGGAUGCAACCCUCAAGGAGGCCAAGCCCUGGCUGAAUGUGACCAAGAACAUUGGGACCUUGGCUAUUCUUGAUGGGAUGGGUCGCAUCCAAGACACUCUCCCACUGUUUGAAACGAAUGCCGCUGGUGGUGCUUUUGUCCGGGCUGUGAAGACCCGACACUGCAGGUCGAAUGAACUAGGCGUGCCAUGUCCUAUGUGGUUUCAGCUCCCCCACCUGUUGGAUGUGUCCAUCCAAUUCAACCCACCACAAUAUCCCAAUGGAUUUCCGCCCCCCGUCGACUAUAAUAUCCAUGAGAUUCCAGUGCCUAUGUACGGUAUACCGUCCGCGGUCUCAUUGACGGACAGAUUUGUGACAAACCCACUGGACACCAUCCUGCCUACCGCUCUAGCCGAAAACAUGCAGUUAACAUCCUCUCAAAAUACGGACAUCGAGCUCGCAUCCCUGCAAUCACAUGAUAUGCAGUCUGCGUCCCUCUCAUUCCUUUUUGAUUUCGGCAACACUGGCUGGCCACUAGCUUCUGCCGUCUCCGUUAGCGGCAAUGGUGACCCAACCGUCCCAGACGAUUUAAACCAACCGUCCAAUGCCUGUACCGGCAGUUUAGUCCCCGCCGAUACAUGUUUGAAUAUUUAUCCAGAGCUAGCUUGGAGGGACUCUACCGAUCUGUGGGGUAACUUGCUGGAAAAUGACAAGAGAAAAAUAAGCCGUAAAAUGCCGACUACAGCCUGGUUGCAGCGCAUGAAACUCACGAAGGCCCUCUUCUUGGGCAGUCUGUGGGUCGGACUCCACGGAAAUCCAUUCAAGAUCUCUGCCGUGGAAAUGCGCCGCCUCAUUACCCUCAGUUUUCUUACCGCUUUGCGUAUUGAUGGGAAAACCUACGCGGAGGUUCUUGAUCAGCCAUUAUCGGAUGGCCAACAAUGCGCACCACUGUGCGCCUUCCCUUGUCCUUACCCUUGCUCGCUUACCCCUAACCCAUCUGAGCAGAUGCUUCAAACUUUCGAUAACGGAAAGGCUGAACUGCGCAAGGUUGUAAAAGCCUCCUUGACGCACCUCACAGACUUCUGUGACGAUUCGCCAAAUCAUAGGGCAGAGACGAUCGCCGCGUUUGUUAGACACUUUAACCAGGAUAUUCACGAGUUGCAAAAGGUCCUCGCCGAACUCAUAGGGAAACAGGCAUUCAGAGAACUGGUCUGGGCAGCAUUAUUUGUCCCGAUCGAUGAUUUGACCAGUGAACACGAUAGCGGGAGGAUAGCGGACUUGUUUGUCGAGGAGGUCCGCACUGCAUCUGGAUGCUUGGCACAGGACACCAUCUGUAACCUCGCGACAUUGUUAUAUCAGUCAAUGCUCAUUCUCAUGGUGGAAUCCGGUGGCAAGACGGCGAUCGCUGGCUUCAAGACGCACGUGAACAUGAACAGUGACAUCAUGUUCGCGCUUACUGCAAUGUAUCUAAACCCGACGGAGUUUGCUCCCUUCACAAAAACAAUACAGGAGCUAAGGUAG